AUGCAGUCCCUCAGCUGGUUACGGCCUCUGGUCAGAACAGCGGCCACCUCGACUUCGGCCUCGUCGACUCGGAUAGCCACCGCAGCUGCUUCGCGACCGUUGUCCUCGUCCGCGUGCAGCUGCCAACAGACCGAAUCCACCCCUUCCUCUCCCGCAUCCUCCUCCUCUUCCUCCGAGGUCCCCAGCGAAUCCGGACCACCGCAACAACAGCUCCGCUUCGACCUGGGCACGCCGAACCUGCGCAUGUUGCAGACGAUGGACCGCGCCUCGUUGAGCUCGUUCGACCCGAUGCUCGACAUCCACCCGGCCAAGAAGCUCUUCAUCCCGCGAGCCGAAUCGGGCAACCUCGCGGACCUGAGCAUCGUCCUCCACAACGACGACUCCACCAACCAGGGCUACCAACAGCCCAGGCCCAAACCCGAACACCUCACUUCGACCCCCGGCGAAGACGAUUCGGUCGCCCAUUUGAGCGCAGUCACUCAGCUGACCCCGAUCGAGAUCCGCAACCUGUACCGUUUCCCGCUCAUCACCAAACGCGUCGUCAACAUGAAGUCCAAGGGCAAGAUGCCAGCGAUGUACUCGCUCGUCGUUGUCGGCAACGGCAACGGCCUCGUUGGCGUCGGCGAGGGCAAGGACGAUACCGCCAACAAGGCCGUCGGCAAGGCCUUCAACCAGGCCGUCAGGAGUAUGGACUAUGUCGAGCGCUACGAGGAUAGGACCAUAUGGGGUACGAUGCAGAGCAACUUUGGCUCGUGCCAGAUCCACAUGAGGUCCAGGGCACCCGGUACGUUCAACGCAGCAUGGCCUUUGCCCCCUCUUUCUCAACUCGCCCAACUGACCCAUCCAUUCCCCGACUGCAUCCAUCAGGCUUUGGUCUCCGAGUGAACCACUACAUCCACCAAGUAGCCAAGGCAGCAGGGAUUUCGGACCUGAGCGCCAAAGUUCAUGGAUCGCGCAACGGGACGCGCGUCAUCAAGUUGGCCGUCGCGAUGUUGCACGGUGGUUCGACACCCGUCGGUCAGUCCAAUUUCCCCCCUUCUCAUUUCUUCUUCCUCACUGCGUCUUACUCAGAAAUCUCACUUUCAUACUAUGACCCGCGCAGACAUGGGUGGCUUCGGGCAAACCAAGGGACAACGCAAGAACAAAAAGACGAGAGGGAUGGCCACCGCGGACGAGGUCGCGAGGUUGAGGGGGAGGAAGGCCGUCGUGUUUUAG